AUGUCGCAGCCCACCACGAGGAACGGAGCCAUCGCUCUGACCGGACUCAGCGCCCGGUCACUGAAAAGCACAUUCCUCGUUAGCAACAUCCACUGCGCCUCCUGCGUCGCCUACAUCGAUGAAGUCCUUUCUGGCAUUGCGGGCGUGAUCAAGGUCGAUGUGUCCGUCCUCACGCACGAAGUCCGCGUCAUGCACACCGCAGGCGUGGAGCCGCCCGAUCUGGCCAAAGCGCUGAUUGACGCCUCUUUCGACGUGCAUCAUGCUACAAGCUACGAACCGAAGGGCUCCGUCGUCGCGGACUUUGACACGACCGCGUGGCUAUCCCGCGACUCGAUCUUUGCCGGGGCCAGUCAACAGCCACCCGGUGGUGCGCAUGCUGCAACCUUGGCCCCGGGCAAUCGACACAUCGAGAACUGCGAUGCCUGCCGGCAGGAGGAGCUCGAGAGGCUUGCCGCUGAGGCCGAUCUGUCGAAUGGUAAUCUGCGCGACCAGUCCAGCGCGGAUUCUAGCACCGACCCGUCGAACGACAAGGUCGCCGGGCGCGUGUCCCAGCGGCCAGUGCCUGGGAGUUGUACAGAGAGGGUGGCGUCGCAGUCACCCUCUCCGGCGAAUGGCGCUUCACAGUCACCAGAAGAGAAAUUCAAUGCGCGCGUGAGCAUUGGCGGCAUGAGCUGUGCUUCGUGUGCAAACAGCAUCACCGACGAAGUCAAGCAGCUCGACUUUGUUCAGGAUAUCACCGUCAACCUACUCACGAACAGUGCGGCUAUCGUCUUUGGUGGCCCGCGAGCAAAUGCCGAGAAGAUUGUGGAGCAGAUCGAGGAUAUCGGGUUUGAAGCGUCGCUCGAUGAGGUCCAGAGCCUGACUGUUCCUCCGAAACGCAAGGGGCCUACGUCGACUUACAUCGCAGAGAUUGCCAUCAGCGGCAUGACGUGUGGAUCUUGCUCGGGCGCGGUCGCUCGCGGGCUCGAAGAACUGCCUUUCGUGGUAGAAGUUUCCAUCAACCUCCUCACCCACAGCGGAAGAGUCGAAUUCCAGGACCGUACCAAUAUUGACGCUAUCGUGGAGAAGAUCGAAGACUUAGGGUACGAUGCUUCGAUCAACAGUGUUUCUCCCAAGGGCUCAUCUCAGGAGAGCGAGAUCGUUGAAGAAAGAACGGUUUCUGUUCAUGUGGAUGGCAUGUUCUGUCGCCAUUGCCCGGAGAAGAUCUUCAAAUCCGUCGAAGACCUGCCAAAUGUCAAGGUGCAGGGUGCGCUCUCCGUCAAUAACCCCAUUCUCACCGUAACAUACACGCCCAAACCCCCCUCCCUCACCAUAAGAACGAUACUGCAAACCAUUGGGAAAUCGCACGAGUCAUUCACAGCCACCGUAUACCAUCCGCCGAGUGUGGAGGAUCGGUCUCGAGCGAUGCAACGGCACGAAAGACGGCGCCUCCUUACUCGGUUCAUCUUUGUUUUGGCAGUGGCUAUCCCCACUUUCUUACUCGGGAUCGUAUUCAUGACUUUGGUGUCGUCGAACAAUCCCACUCGCAAGUACCUCGAAGAGCCAAUGUGGGCGGGCGAUGCGUCGCGCCUCGAGUGGGCACUUUUCAUCAUGACAACACCUGUGAUGUUCUAUGGGGCGGACAUUUUCCACGUGCGAGCGAUGAAAGAGAUCUACUCGCUUUGGCGGCCGGGCAGUCGUGUACCGACCCUGCGGAGGUUCUAUCGCUUUGGUAGUAUGAAUCUUCUGAUCUCCGCUGGAACCACGGUGGCGUAUGUCUCCUCCCUGGCUGUGCUGAUCAUGGAUGCCUCGAUGGGGUCUUCAUCCAACACUCAUAGCUCCACCUACUUCGAUACGGUGGUCUUCUUGACUAUGUUCAUCCUUGCUGGGCGCUUCAUGGAGGCAUACAGCAAGGCCAAGACGGGUGACGCAGUUGCAUCGCUGGGAAAGCUGCGACCAAGUGAGGCCUUGCUCAAGGCCUCCGAAAGUGUUGAGGGAGGCGCAGACACAGGAGCCGACCCCAAAGACGGCGGUUACCAGCGGAUCAGUGUCGACAUGCUGGAAAUCGGUGAUGUGGUCAGCAUCCCCCACGGAACCUCGCCCCCAGCCGACGGAGUGGUAGUCGGAACCGGCUCCUAUCAGUUCGACGAAAGUUCAUUGACCGGCGAAUCGAAACCCGUGCACAAGUCAGCGGGCGACCCUGUGUAUACUGGCUCUGUCAAUAUGGGACAGCCCGUCGAUGUCAAGGUCACUGCACUUGGAAGUUCUUCCAUGUUGGAUCAAAUCAUCUCGGUAGUGCGAGAAGGCCAGAGCAGACGAGCACCGCUCGAGCGGGUGGCAGACCUCCUGACCUCUCACUUUGUCCCGACUAUCACCCUCAUCGCCAUCCUGACCUUCGUCAUAUGGCUCUCCCUGGGACUAUCUGGAACGCUUCCCGAGGAUUACCUCGACGUCAGCCGCGGCGGUUGGACGUUCUGGAGCCUGGAGUUCGCGAUCGCGGUUUUUGUCGUCGCCUGUCCCUGCGGCCUCGCCCUCGCCGCGCCCACCGCGCUCUUCGUUGGCGGCGGCCUGGCUGCUCGCCAGGGGAUUUUGGUGAAGGGCGGCGGCGAAGCCUUCCAAGAAGCGAGUCGUCUCGACGCCAUCGUGUUCGACAAGACCGGGACCCUCACCGAAGGAGGCAGCCUGCAGGUCUCCGAUCAUGAAGAGCUCAUCACCGACCCAGACCUGAUAUCCAUUGCCUGGACCGUCACCCGCAAGCUCGAAGAGAGCAGCAACCACCCCAUCGCCCGGGCCAUCUCGAACUUCUGCCGCGAGAAGAAGCCAUCCACCCAAGUCUGCCGCGUCGACGAGAUCGAGGAACUCUCCGGCCAAGGCAUGAAGGGCACCUUCACCCUCACCACCACCACAAACACCAUCCACCGCCAUCCUCCUCCUCCGGCCCCUCACCACUCAUCCCACCCCCAACAACCCUUCACACCAACCCUCCUCCUCGCCACAACCGACACAAUCCGCCCCUCCGCCGCCCGGAUCAUCCGCGCCCUCCACCGCCGCAAAAUCUCCGUCUACAUGUGCACGGGCGACAACCGCACCACCGCCCUCGCCGUCGCCUCCCAACUCGGCAUCCCGGACACCAACGUCCAAGCCAACGUCACCCCCGCCGGCAAAUCCUCCUUCAUCCGCUCCGUCCAGAACACCGCGUCCGCAACAGACCUCGAAUCCCAAUCCACCCCCACCAGCCGCAGAAAAAUUGUCGCCUUCGUCGGCGACGGCAUCAACGACUCCCCCGCCCUGACCGCCGCGGACGUCAGCAUCGCCCUGGCCACGGGCUCCGACGUCGCCAUCAACUCCGCCAGCUUUAUCCUGCUGCACGCGGACCUCGACGCUAUCCUGCAGCUGGUGCGCCUGAGCCGGCGCGUCUUCCGCCGCGUGAAGUGGAAUUUCGCCUGGGCGUUGGUGUAUAACUGCUGUCUGGUGCCGGUGGCGGCGGGGGUGUUUUAUCCGAUCGUGAGUGGGCAUAAGGCGGCCGCGAAUGGUCACGGGAGUGUGGCGACGCAUUGGCGGCUGAGUCCCGUGUGGGCGUCGUUGGCGAUGGCGUUGAGUAGCAUCUCGGUGGUGUGUAGUAGUUUGGCGUUGGCGGGGGAGUGGAGGUGGAGGGGAAGGAGGGAUAGGCAGAGAGGUCUGGGGUUAGAAAGGGAUUGA